AUGACCGCUUAUGCCAUUCUGGAUGAUGGCUCCGAAAGAACCAUCUUGUUAAAUACUGCAGCAACCCGGCUGAAACUGGAAGCCUGCCAGCCAAACAAGAUGUAUCGGAUCAAUGGAGCAUUCACUGCAGCGGAGUUGGGGCUUGGAGUGCACUGUUAUCCUGUCAAGGCUUUACGGAAAAGAAGUCUGGAGCGGCAUCUCAGUAAGUCCCCUGAGCAAGCAGCUAUCUACCAGGCUGAGAUUAAAAGACUGGAGCAGGCAGGCUACAUUGCUGAAUUGCAGUCAGGAGCAGAAGACGCUCAAAUAAGUUGGUAUAUCCCACAUCACAUGGUUGAACAUAAUGGGAAACAUCGAGUGGUUUUCAACUGUUCAUUCCAGUUUCAAGGGAACAAUCUCAAUGAAUUGUUACUUCCAGGGCCAACACUGACUUCUUCAUUACUGGCUGUGCUACUAAGAUUCCGGGAGCACUCAAUUGCGAUCUGUAGUGAUAUUAAAGGAAUGUUCCACCAGGUUAGACUCCUUCCAGAGGAUCGGCCCCUUCUCCGUUUCUUAUGGAGAGAUCUGCAAAGAGAAGUGGAGCCUAGAAUCUAUGAAUGGCAAGUUCUACCCUUUGGCACCACUAGUAGCCCAUGUUGUGCUGUCUUUGCCUUGCAGAAGCACAUCCUGGAGAAUAGUCAGCCUGGUGACAAGGUACGUGAUGCUGUACUAAAGGCGUUUUAUGUUGACAACUAUCUGCAAAGUCUGCCUUCUGUAGAUGAAGCAAGGCUCAUGGUAGACCAGUUGCAAAGUGUUUUAGCAGGGGGAGGAUUCGAACUCAGGCAAUGGGCCAGCAAUACACCCUCAACCAUUAGUCAUCUACCAGUGGCAUCCAGAUCUGACAGUGCUGAGCAAUGGAUUGCAAAGGGUAAUGCCAUCAACCAUGAAUCAGUGCUUGGACUUCAGUGGAACUGUGAAACUGAUACCUUGUCCUAUAAGCUCCGUGCUGUAGAGUGCCAAGAGGUUACCAUGCGCAACAUCUAUAAAGUGCUUGCUAGCCAAUAUGAUCCUCUCGGUUACAUUAUCCCAUAUACCACACGUGCAAAGGUAAUAGUACAGCGAUUAUGGGAAAAGAAGAGGGACUGGGAUGAUCCUAAACUACCUGAGAACUUAGUCAAUGAGUGGAACAGAUGGGCAGGAGAGCUCAGUGAUCUACAAAAGAUAGUCUUACCCAGAUGCUAUUGCAGUGCACCAAAGGAUGAUGUUUCAAGCCAGCGUGAGAUCCAUAUCUUUUGUGACGCAUCCGAGAGUGCCUAUGGGUCUGUUGCCCAUCUUCGAACAGUAGAUCAAAGGGGAGAAGUGGAGAUCACCUUCAUAGUGGCCAGAUCAAGAGUGGCUCCUAAGAAACGUCUGUCAAUACCUCGUUUAGAGCUAUGUGCAGCCCUGACAGGGGCCCAGUUAGCAAAGAUCCUGCAGAAUGAAUUGACUUUGCCCAUUCAUCAAGUUUUUCUUUGGUCUGAUUCCACCACAGUUUUGACCUGGAUUAAAUCUGAAUCCUGCCGAUUCAAGGUUUUCGUUGGUACACGAAUAACAGAGAUUCAGGACCUUACCAGCUGCUGGGAAUGGCGCUAUGUGCAUUCAGAAAGUAACCCUGCUGAUGACAUCACUCGAGGUAAAAGGCUGGCAGAACUUGGACCACAAAGCCGUUGGAAUACGGGACCAACAUACCUUCAACUCCCAUCUGAUCAGUGGCCGGUUCCACCGCCAUCCUGUUCCAUAGCUGGUGAUGAAUUGAGAAACUCUACAUUCUGUGGUCUGACUAAUACUGUACUUCGUUUGUCGAUCCCUGAUCCAAGCCAAUUUCUGACCUUCCAAGAUUUAUUGACUGCAACAGUAGAAUCUCUUGGGGAACAUGGGAUCAAUGUAUCAGCUGAGGACUUUCAACAGGCUGAAAUGGCUAUCCUUCAGCAAGCUCAAGGGGAAAGCUUUCCUUCUGAGAUGGCACAGCUUAUGGCAGGGAAACCACUACAGACCAACAGUCGACUGCUUUGCCUCGCCCCCGAACUUGACGCUGCAAGCAAACUCCUAAGGAUAGGAGGUCGUCUUCGCCGCUGUGAAGAGAUUGAGCCCGAGUCGAUGCAUCCUAUUAUCCUUGAUCCCCGGCAUCCAGUCACUACCCUUCUCAUUAAGGAAUAUGACACGAAGCUAUUCCACCCAGGUCCUGAGAGAAUACUGGCGGAGAUGCGUAGGAAAUAUUGGAUUCUUCGGGGUAGGGAAGCAAUUCGACGUUAUCAGCGCAAAGAUUGUCCAGUGUGUCAGAAGUUUCGCAAAACCCCACAGAUACCCAGGAUGGCAGACCUACCUCCUGCCAGACUACGUCUAUUUAAACCUGCCUUCUAUUCGACUGGCAUUGACUGUUUCGGGCCAUAUUCCGUAAAGAUUGGACGUAAAAGUGAGAAGCGCUGGGGUAUUCUAUUCAAGUGCAUGACUACACGUGCUGUGUAUAUUGAUCUUCUCCCAAGAAUUGACACCGACUCCUUCCUGAUGGCCCUCAGAAGAUUUAUAGCCAGACGUGGGAAACCUUUUGAGGUUUUAUGUGAUCAAGGUACUAAUUUUAAAGGAGGGGAAAGGGAGUUGCAUCAGACAUAUGCUGAACUAGUUCCGGAGCUUCAGGAACAACUUGCCAGUCAGCAGAUUAUCUUUCGAUUCAACCCGCCUCAUGCCCCACAUUUCGGUGGGUGUUGGGAAAGGGAAAUUCGUUCCCUGAAACAGGCUCUACAGGUCACUCUGGGAACUCAACCAAUACCAGAGGAAACCCUUCAAACUGUGCUCAUCGAGAUUGAAGGGAUUCUAAAUUCUAAACCCCUGGGUUAUACAUCAUCCAAUGCCUCUGAUCCAGAUCCUAUUACUCCUAAUUCGCUUCUUAUGGGGCGGCCUGAUUCGUCCCUUCCUCAAGUGAUGUACCCCCAAAGUGAACUGUUGAGUCGACGUCGUUGGCGCCAUAGCCAAAUUAUAGCAGAUCACUUUUGGAAGCGGUUUAUCAAGUUCUAUUUGCCUGGUCUUCAGACUCGCAACAAGUGGCAGCGAGAGUCACCCGAUAUCAAGGUGGGAACUACUGUUAUGAUUGUGGACCCUCAAUUUCCCAGGGCCCUAUGGCCCAUUGGUCAGAUCUCUCAAGUAUUCCCUGGGUUUGACAAUAGAAUCAGGACUGUUGAAGUGAAAGUUAAGGACAAGUCUUAUGUGCGACCUGUGGCAAAGGUUGUACAGCUACCUGCGAUACCAGAUUGAAAUUGACUUGCCUUUUUAUAAUGUACAGAUUUCCACAUUCUUUAGAAAUCUGGGGGCGGCUGUUAAAAAGGACCGCUGUAAACAAGCUUUUAUUUUGAAGUUUUCUGGUGAUCAGCCAGUGUUUUGAAUGUGAUGUCAUCGCAGCAACCUAAAGACACUAUGCUCCGCCCACUUCCAGCAGGUGGCAAUGAUUAGUGUUUGGUAGAAAUAGCCUGCACCAAGUAGGUGAAAGCAAAUGUACUCGAGGCUUUCUCAAGUGUUGGUGUUGUGUGCGUAUGUUAGAUGAACCAAACCACACCCAGAUGGAAACACCAAUGUAAUAUCUGCAACAUUUGUGAAUUGUUGUGAAGAAAAUAAAUGCAUCAAAGACUUAACCUGCAUCUUUAUGUCUCUUACCGGACAUCUGUGGUGAACUAGUCCCCCACUGGCAACCCCAACUGGUCUAGUUAUACCAGUUUUCUUUAUCGAGUCUUUAUGUUUCCGGCUUGGCUUCGGUCUGCGGAGAGAGUCUCGAAGUCCCAUAACCCCUGCACACACUCCAGCAUGUCUCCCCCUUUCAUACGUGCAUCAGAUAAAGCCUUUCUAAAGUCUUUUGUGGAUCCGAUAGACAUGUGUUGGUGUGUGAGCGUGUGUUUCGACCAUGUGAGUCACGUCCUCUCCAUUCUGACGCCUUUCUUCUAACAAGGCAAAAACACCAGCGAGUCCCUGACCUGUGCUGCUUUAUCCUGUUUCAUCAACAACACACACACACCCUUCUGAAUUACUCCUAUUUUAGUCAAACUCUCAACUCUGCUCUCUGUUGAUGCACAUUAGUUAUUUUCAGACACUGAUGCUGCAGCUAUUUAUGCAUUAACACAAAUGGAUAUAUUUGGAGACCUGGCAAUGGAUCCAAGGUCAAAUAACAUGAAUUAAUAAUAAUA